UGCCAACCGUCAUAAAACACUAAAAGAAGAAGAGGAAACUCGGAAGUUGUUAAUGUUGAGAGUGCGUCGGUGACCCUCAGGUUGGACAGCGGUGAGAAAACAUGGGAGUGAAAAUAGAAAUAUUUCGGAUGAUGGUGUAUCUGUCGUUUCCGGUGGCGAUGUUCUGGAUUUCUAACCAAGCGGAAUACUUUGAGGAGUACGUUGUGAAAAGAAAGAGAGAGAUUUUUCCGCCAGAUGAGAAAAUGCAGAGGAAAGAGUUGGAGGAGUUUAAGGAGCGCAUGAGACUGCGGAGGGAGCAGAAGCUGCUGAAACAGCUUGCUGUGGAGACAGAAGACCGAUCAUGAGAGGAAGACAAAACACCUCAUUUUCUCUAAUGAGAGAGAGACUGUCGAAUCGAGGGUUAAUCACACUGAGUGGUCUGUAGUGGUCUGAGUGGAUAUUUUUAAAGAGACAGAGAAAAUGUGCAGUUUUGUAAAUAUAAGUGUACACAUACUGAAUCAGUGCAAACUUUACAUAUGUAAAUCAGAACAUUCUGAAUGCAUGUAGUUCUGUGUCUUAUUCAUGGAUAAAUUUUUUUUAUCUAUUUAUUAAAAAUACUUUUUUUUAA